GUGGCCGCUCUCCUGGACAAACAUCUGGUCGUUCGCUUGCUUUCCCUGGUCAGGAUGUGUGGCCCCUUCAACUGUGGUGCCGGCAUCAAGUUCCUCCAGUUGAUGGGUACGGUGCUUCAAUCGCGCAGUAGCAAUCCGGAUGUCGACAUGCUGGUCACUUGCCACAUCUUGCUCUCCUAUGCCUCCAGCAUCGUGGAUGAUGCAGUCAGCGCCUUGCAGGGCGACCAAGAGCAACAGCGCCUCGGGUUUUCUGGCCUCCGCCAGAAUAGCUUGCUCUUGGAUGAGCCUGAAGCGCAAUGUUUUUUGGGAUUGCUUGGAAGCAAUCAGGAGGACAGAGCCGUUGGUUGCAUUGCUGGAGAACGUGUAUGGAAUUUUGAGGGUAAAGAAACAGGUCUGGAAAGAGAUGGACCCUCUGAAGAAAAAAGUACCUCAUUUGCGCUAUCAAAGUUGAUGCUCAACAUCUAG